AUGCAGCAACCAUUCCAACAUGAGGACAUUCUUCCCUCGAUCCUUUACUUUGGCACACCAACAGCCCUAAUUGGCACACUUCCACCCAAUGCCUCACCGAGCACCAAGCCUAACAUUGGACCAAUGAGUUCGGUCUUCUGGUUAGGCAAUCAUUGUGUACUUGGUCUGGCAGCCGAGUCUUACACGACACAAAACAUUAUUCUCCUGACUGAUCACUCAUCACAGCGCAACGGGAGAAUGUACCAUCUCCCUGCCUCAUCUGCACUUGCCGCCAAUGUAAAUGCCAUCGCUCGCACUACAGGCACGGAAGUCGUUCCGCCAGGCAAGAUCGACCGCAACUACGUCUACUGCGGCGACAAGUUCGCUCUCGGUAGUUUCACGCAACUACCCUCCGUCCACAUUGCAGCUCCCGGCAUCGCGGAGUGCCCUAUCGUCAUGGAAGCCAAACUUGUCCAGACAAUAGACCUGUUCAACGACACAGAGAUGCCCGGAGUCAUCAAGUGCUUCGAGGUCAAGAUCCUCAAUGUCCGCAUCAAUCCCGAGCUGCGAAUGGAAGGUCAAGGCAAGGAGAACUACAUCGAGCCUGACAAGUGGAAGCCGUUGAUCAUGAUGUUCUCCCACUUCUACUCACUGCAAGACGGCAAGCUAGGUACUAGUCGCUUGGCCGAGAUCCCUGAGGAGAAGUAUCGUGGACUUACUGACUACGGAGAUGGGGGGCCGCUUGAGCGGAUUGGCAGUGCUGAUCGUUUGCCUCGUGGUGAAGGCAGAUAG